AUGCAUUUGUUGUACCAGCAGGAGGAAGGCCUCAGUCAUCAGCCAGCAGGAGGAAGGCCCAGUCAUCAGUCAGUCAUCAGGCAGCAGGAGGAAGGCCCCAGUCAUCAGCCCCCAGUCAUCAGCCAGCAGGAGGAGGAAGCCCCCAGUCAUCAGCCAGCAGGAGCAGGAGCCUCAGUCAUCCAGCCAGCAGCCCCCAGUCAUCAGCCAGCAGGAGGAAGCCCCCAGUCAUCCAGCCAGCAGGAGCUGAUCAUCAGCCAGCAGGAGGCCCCCCAGUCAUCAGCCAGCAGGAGGAAGCCCCAGUCAUCAGCCAGCAGGAGGAAGCCCCCAGUCAUCAGCCAGCAGGAGGAGUCAGCCCCCUCAUCAGCCAGCAGGAGGAAGCCCCCAGUCAUCAGCCAGCAGGAGGAAGCCCCCAGUCAUCAGCCAGCAGGAGGAAGCCCCCAGUCAUCAGCCAGCAGGAGGAAGCCCCCAGUCAUCAGCCAGCUCCUCAAAGCUUCACAUGAACAGUAUUUAUGGCUCCCCAGCACCUUAAUGCUCCCCGCUGCUCAUUUUUACACCAAGGCGCCUCUAAGAUCUUGUUGGUGCGGCGUGUUUAUUUGGCUCCUGUGUGGUCCAUGGGCCCCCGGGAUGGCCCUGGGGAUUAAAAGACUUCGUAUUUCAGGAGGGCGUCAAGCCGGGUGGGGGAAAUGA